CUUCUCGCCAGCAGCCAAGAUGGCGGGCGGAAGGCGCCUGCAGAGGGGCCCGCCGGCGCCGCGCCGCCCGCACUCAAGAUGGCGGCUGUCAGCAUGCGGCUGCCGGUGGCCCGCAAACCUGUGGUGCCGAGCGCGCCCCGGGGUGGCGAGAAGCACCUGGUGGCGCCGGGGGACACGAUCACCACGGACACGGGAUACAUGAGGGGCCACGGCACCUACGUGGAGGAGGAGAAGCUCAUCGCCUCGGUGGCCGGCGCCGUGGAGAGGGUGAACAAGCUGGUGUGCGUCAAAGCGCUGAAGACCAGGUACAACGGCGAAGUCGGCGAUAUCGUGGUCGGGAGGAUCACAGAGGUGCAGCAGAAACGAUGGAAAGUGGAAACCAACUCCAGGCUAGAUUCGGUCUUGUUGCUGUCCUCUAUGAAUUUACCUGGUGGGGAACUGAGAAGGAGAUCAGCAGAAGAUGAGCUUGCGAUGAGGGACUAUCUGCAGGAAGGGGACCUCAUCAGUGCAGAGGUGCAGUCUGUAUUUUCUGAUGGGGCUGUGUCACUGCACACCCGGAGUCUGAAAUAUGGGAAGCUUGGCCAGGGUGUGCUCGUUCAGGUCUCGCCUUCCCUUGUGAAACGCCAGAAGACUCACUUCCACGACUUGCCCUGUGGUGCAUCCGUGAUCCUCGGCAACAAUGGUUUCAUCUGGAUCUACCCAACUCCAGAGCAGAAAGAUGAAGAGGCAGGGGGCUUCACCACCAACUUGGAGCCAGUUCCCUUGUCUGACCGGGAGGUGAUCUCACGGCUCCGAAACUGCAUUGUGGCUCUGGUUACUCAGCAGUUGAUGCUCUUUGACACCAGCAUCUUGUAUUGCUAUGAAGCAUCCCUUCCUCAUCAGAUCAAGGACAUUCUCAAACCAGAGGUGAUGGAGGAGAUCGUUCUGGAAACCCGACAGAGAUUGCUGGAUCUGGAGGGAUAGCACAUGUGGCCAGCAGCAGCCAUUUCAAGUCCCAGCAUGGCAGCUUUUGAUUCUCAGUAUUUUUUUUUCCCCAGUGUUCUCAUCCCAAACAUUCAUUCCACACUUCAGAAACCACCAAAAUUCCUCAUUUUAACUCCUAGGAUACCUCCUGAUCCCUUUUAGUACAAUAGUAUUAAAUAGUACUGGAGUACAAUAGCCUUUUAGCGCAGCAGCCUGAAAAAUUGAUAUCUGACCUUUAUGAAGAUGCAGGUGGAACUGGGACAUACCUCAUAGCACUUGUUGCUGUGUCUAGUGCCCCUGAAGUUUGUGCAGAAUGAUAGGGGAUGGGGAUGGGAUGUGUUUUGUGAUGGCUCUCUCUCCCUAAAGUCUUUCUAAAUGGUUUUGAUUUUCCUUUACUGUGAUACAGAUCUGCCAGUCUGUCCUGACUGAGAGCUCUUGUUUUCCUCUUUAAGACUGCAGAUCACAGGUACAAGUCUGGAGGUCAGGAGUAUCCACACCCUUGCUAACCGCAUUUUGGGUCUGGCUGUUCAUGGCUUAUAUGUCUCAAGGGUAUGAGAUUGGAUGUGGCAUGAUGUGGGUGUCCACAUAAGCCAGGAGCCAUGGGUGAGCAGUGCCUUCCCAGUCUGUGUGCAUCCUGCUGGUCCCUUUUUUAUGCGGUGAGCUUCUCUGAGGAGGCUCCAUUCUUGUUUUCUGUUAAAUAUUUUACAUUUCAAUAAAUUUUUGAAACAGA